CUCCUCACAAUGAGGUUGUUCAUAUCUUUCGCUUCUUUUGGUCUUCUCAAUAAUGUGCUUUACGUUAUCAUCCUCUCCGCCGCUCUCGAUCUCGUACCCCCUUCCACACCGAAGGGCGUCGUGGCAUUCUUCAACAUCUUCCCUGCCGUCUUAGCCAAAACUGUCUUUCCCCUGUGGUCAAAGGGGCAGAUACGAUAUACCACAAGAGUCGCAUUUUGCGCUGCUACUUCAUGGUUGGGCAUCGUCAUCGUCGCAUUGUCUUCUUCCGUUCCACCCCGGUUACUGGGCAUAUCCCUGGCCUCUUUAUCUUCAGGUUUGGGGGAGCUCACAUUCCUGCAAAUGACCACCACGUUACCUACAGAUAAAGCGAGUAAGACCGCUUUGGGCGCUUGGGCGAGUGGGACAGGUCUGGCUGGAGUGGCUGGUGCGGCUAUCUGGUGGAUGUUGAGAGGUCUGGGUGUCAGAGGAGGACUCGGAAUUUCAAGUAUAUUACCCCUCUUGUUCCCCAUAAUAUACAAUUUUGUCCUCCCGUCCUCGUCCGACCUCACCUCAACAGUAGCUUACCAGCCUCUUCCCACUUCCCUCAAUGUCUCUUCUUCUCCUACAGUGUCGCCUCCUGCUGUACUGUUGAUCGAGUCAAGUCUUCCCAAACCGCGAAAAGACCGACUUCACCUCAGCACGAGGGACAAGCUGGAAUUGCUCAAGCCGCUUCUACUGCGAUACAUGCUACCGCUCUGUCUCGUCUAUGUUGAGGAAUACGUGAUCAAUUCCGGGGUAGCGCCAACCUUAGUGUUUCCCAUACCUACUCAGGGGAUAUGGUCGGCUUUCUUUCAUACGCCAAGGGAUUAUUAUCCUUUCUGGUCGCUCACCUACCAAACGUUCGUUUUCAUAUCACGCUCUUCCCUUUCCUUGGGAUUUCCUCCCGUGCCUCAGUCUUAUCUUCCCCUUCCCACUCUCAUCCAAUUCGCGAUCCUCCUUCUCCUCUCUGUCCAAUCCUCGCACUUCAUCUUCUCCUCCACUGCUUAUACCCCUCCCGCCCCGCCGCCACAUACAGGUGUCGAUCGAUCCAUCACAGUAGUCUUUAUGUUCAUUUGCCUUGAAGGACUCUGUGGGGGUUCGGCAUACGUCAACACAUUCUAUCAUGUCGGCCGGAUCAGUAGUACAAAUGUUCCGGCACAUGAAUCCCCGAGUGAAGCCGAAUUCGACGAUGAUACAGGGAAUGGCUUGUUGCCACUGCCUACCGGAGAUGGUGAAGAAAAUGGAUGUGUCGCCGAAGCAGGAUGUAUGGAAGACGAGAAGGAGAAAAGAUGGAAGAUGGAACGGGAGUUCCGUAUUGGUGUCACGGGCGCCGCGGAUAGUUUCGGGAUUUUAUUGGCCAGUCUCAUCGCUAUGCCCGUCGAGAUGGCUUUGUGUGACGCUCAAGUCAUCAAGGGUAGAACAACAUGCAGAGAAUUGUAACUUCGUCAACCACCGAGUCACCGACUAGAUACUUUGGUUGAGCGUGACGUGGAUUUGUGGUGUGAACUGAAAUAUACGAAUCAACCCACCUUUGAUGGACAUCCUUGCUCCAAUACGUCUAUUCAAUGACCGACUCCCCUUACCUCACGCCCUACAUCGAUUUGACGGGCUGUAGACACGGCGGCGUCGAUAGAGGAAAGAGUGGUCGAUAUCGGGAGGUUGGUCAGUGCGGUGCUCGAAAUACAGUCUAUAAGAAAGUACAAAUUGGGCAUUAUGGCAAGUUCUUUCCCAAACCUCGUCUCUUUGCCAUCCAACAUGUCGUCCUCUAGAACUUUGACCACAGAAGACAAGACACACAUUCAAAUGGUGGCGGAAGUUAUGUGUGAGUCGGCUUUCGCGACUCAGAGAAGAAAGAAAUUUCUCCGCGAU